AAUAACUGCUUCGUUGCAGUUCCCGUCCAUCCUUCUCCAUCUCUAAUCAAAACUCUAAUUCAAAACUCUAAUUCAAAACUCCAAUAAUCUGACAUUGAUGGUUCUGGAUUUACUCAUUUCAGGUAUUUCUCACACAGUCUCUCUCUGUAAUUUAAUUUGUUAGGGUAAAACAAAAUCCAUGGAAGAAGAAACAGAAAUUUCUCCAAUUUCAGAUUACAAUGGAGAAGAAGUAGAUAGGCUUAGCAAUUUACCAGAAUCUUUGAUUCACCAUAUUCUAUCUUUCAUUGACAUGAAAUAUUCAGUCCAAACUAGCGUUUUGUCAAAGAGAUGGAGAUAUAUCUGGACUCUUCUCCGAACCCUAUCUAUGCAUUAUGAUUAUUCUACACACAGAAAGUUACAUAGUGAUGUCGAUGACUAUAUGUAUUUCGUAGAAAGAGUACUCAUGCUUCGUGAUAAUACUUGUGAUAUCCAAAAUUUUCAUCUUAUUUGUCACGAAGAUGUGGAGGAUUUUACUGAAAUAAACUUUCCGCUUGAGACUUGGAUGCUCGGUGUCAUAAGACGCAAAAUUCAAGAUCUUUUACUUGAUCUUCCUCUGCCUCAGGAAUCUAAUUUACCUCCGUGCAUCUUUACUUGUAAGACGUUAACGAAGUUGGUGUUGUAUUGCGAUAGUUAUAAACAGACAAUGGUUACUUUACCUAACUCGUUUGAUUUACCUAACCUCAGAAGUCUGAAGCUUAAAUGGGUUGCAAUUUGUGAUACAGACUUAACUAAUAAGUUCUUGUCAAGCUGUCCUGUUCUAGAAUCGUUGGCAAUUACAAGAUCAUUUGUGAAUCUAACUGAUAUUAACAGUCCUAAACUUAAGUACUUGACAUUAAAGCACAAUGAAUAUACCGCAAUAGGAGGGCAGAAUGUCAGGUUUUAUGCUCCACUUCUCAAAUCAUUCAUUUGCGAAAGUGACAUGAAGCAUGAAUUUGACUAUGCUCUGGAGAACAUUUCUUCUCUAGUUACUUGUGAUAUUACAAUGGCGGUAGACUGGAUCGACAAAGAAGAAGAGCCAGGGGCAUUUGAGAAGUUUACUGCAGAGGAUAAGGUACAAUAUGCUCAAAAUAUGAUGAAAUUGCUGAGGGCUGUUUGUAGUGUCAAAAAUCUAACGUUAUCACGUUGGCUCAUUAGGGUUAUGUCUGAUGUCCCUGAAUUACUGGAUCGUCACACCUUUGAAUAUUCGAAUCUGCGGAGUUUGACGCUACGACCGUUUCUUUCUAAAGAAUGCUUACCCACAAUAACAUACUUAUUGAAGAUCUCUCCUAAUAUAGAAUCUCUUUGCGUGGUUAUAAAUGAGAGUCCCUUUGAUGACGGGCCGCCGAAGUAUCCAUUAUGUGAUGAGAUAAAUGAGGAUUCGCCAGAUAUAAGUGAUGAUUGGGAAACAGGAUUGUCAUUGCCAUGCUUUUUAUAUGAUCUAAAAACUGUUACGGUUCAUAAUGUCAAGGGGCGCAUAAAUGAACUCAAGUUUCUAGAGAUUUUGCUGAAGAAUGCCAUGGGUUUAGAGAAAUUGGUCCUUUACGGUUACUGGGAUAAAGACCCAGGUAAUAUGGCAAUGACAAGACGAAUGAAGAAAUUCUCUGAGAAACUUAUCGAAUCUCCAAGAGCAUCUCCAUAUGUCACAUUCAUGUGCUUCUAGAUUCAGGACAACUACGUAAAAUUUCAACAAAUUUAUUGCAAAAUAUUUAUGAAUCAAGUAAUAGAAAUAUUUUAUACCAUUA